GUCAAGCGGUCCCAUGCGACCGCCAUGGCGCUUAACGUGUUAACCGAUAACCGGUUAGCAAGAAAAAUCGGUUAUUCAAUUAACCGGUUAUUUUUGCCCAUCCCUACUGCCGCUACCAGCGCCGCCAGCUAGAUGCCAUGUACUAUGUCAAUAUUUUCGCUUUUCUUUUCGUUUCGGGUGCUCGUUGUGAGAACAUCUUGUUAGUGUGAAAAAUUAUUUUUAGAAGAUGUCGGAGACACUUCAACUAAAAGGCACCCUUUUGGGGCACAAUGGAUGGGUCACACAGAUUGCUACUAAUCCAAAAUUUCCCGAUUUGAUUUUAUCAUCUUCCAGGGAUAAGACCCUCAUUGUAUGGAAGCUCACACGUGAAGACACUCAAUAUGGUGUGCCGCAGAAGAGGCUGUAUGGCCAUUCUCACUUCAUUUCUGAUGUGGUGCUCUCCAGUGACGGUAACUAUGCGCUUUCUGGUUCUUGGGACAAGACUCUCCGACUGUGGGACCUUGCAGCUGGAAAGACGACCAGAAGAUUUGAAGAUCACACCAAGGAUGUAUUGAGUGUUGCAUUCUCAGUUGACAAUCGUCAGAUUGUGUCAGGAUCUAGAGAUAAGACAAUCAAGCUCUGGAACACUCUGGCCGAGUGCAAGUACACAAUCCAAGAUGAAGGUCAUUCUGACUGGGUAUCCUGUGUUCGUUUCUCUCCGAACCAUGCCAACCCCAUAAUAGUCUCUGCGGGCUGGGACCGCAUGGUGAAAGUGUGGAACCUCACCAAUUGCCGCUUGAAGAUCAAUCAUUCAGGCCAUACCGGAUAUUUGAACACUGUCACUGUCUCGCCAGACGGCAGCCUGUGUGCUAGCGGCGGCAAAGAUUGCAAAGCCAUGCUGUGGGAUCUCAACGAUGGCAAGCACUUGCACACUUUGGAUCAUAACGAUAUCAUCACAGCAUUGUGCUUCUCGCCGAACAGAUACUGGCUCUGCGCCGCAUUCGGACCGUCGAUCAAAAUCUGGGACUUGGAAAGCAAAGAAAUGGUGGAAGAACUGAGGCCAGAAGUUGUAACGACCUCUCAGAUCAGCAAAGCUGAGCCCCCUCAGUGUCUGUCGCUAGCGUGGUCCACAGAUGGCCAAACUUUGUUUGCAGGCUAUUCUGACAAUAUCAUCAGGGUGUGGCAAGUCAGUGUGUCUGCACAUUAAGUUAUAAUUUAAGUUGUUUUUGACAAUAAAGUGUACUGAAAUAAGUAUUGUUGUAUGUUUUGUGAUAUCCCUCGUUUUUGUACAUAGUUAAUAUAGUUCGAUUUUGUAAUAAAAUGGUUUGAAAAGAU